AUGGAUAACACCACUCAAUCAUCAUCUAUUUCUGUCCCUAUUUUCAAUGGUGAAAAUUAUGAUUUCUGGCGUGUUAAAAUGGAAACAUAUUUUUCAUCUCAAGAUUUAUGGGACAUAGUAGAAGAAGGAUUCACUGUUCCCGCGGAUACUUCAACUCUUAAUGCAACCCAAGAAAAGGAGUUGAAGAAAAAUAAACAGAAAAAUUCAAAGGCGUUGUUCACCCUGCAACAAGCCGUGACUGAUGCAAUUUUUCCAAGAAUUAUGGGAGCUAAGAGUGCCAAAGAUGCGUGGAACACAUUGAAGGAGGAGUUUCAAGGAAGUGAUAAGGUACGUGCUGUUAAACUUCAAUCUCUAAGAAGAGAUUUUGAACUAUUGAAGAUGAAGGAUAUUGAGACAGUUAAAGAUUACUAUUCUAAAGUCAAAGAAAUAGUUAAUCAAAUGAGAGCUUUUGGGGAUGAUAUUCUUGACAAGAAAAUUGUUGAGAAAAUUCUAAUUACUAUGCCCCCAAAGUUUGACCCAAUUGUGACAACGAUUGAGGAAACCAAAGAUUUGCCCACUCUAUCAGUGACAGAACUGGUGGGCUCUCUUGAAGCAUAUGAGCAAAGACUGAAUAGGCAUAAAGAAGAUACGCUUGAAGAUGCCUUCCGAUCAAAGCUCAAAUUUCGGCCCCAAAAUAAAGAAGGUGAAGGAAAGAAGAGUUAUGGAGAAACUUCUAGAAGAAGUGAAGCUUCUAGAAAUUUCUUUAAGAACAAGGGUAGAAGGAAUUUGUUAGUAUUAGAGGUGGAUAUAGUGCUAAUUCGCUAUACCGUAGUGGAAUUGGAACAAACCGCUAUUGUUCGAAGAUAUACUGUUGAGUACAGAUUGGAUUUAGGAUCAGCAAUGUUACUGAGAAACUUUGAUAUCAAUCUGCAACUUCUUACUAAGAUUGAAGUUAAUCUGAACUUACUGAGACCCCCUUAUUACCUUUCUUCUUAUUUUGCUAGAUGUUAUUCUUAA